AUGUAUGCCCGGGUGUCACUGGUGUUUGGGAAUCCUGCACUUUCUUCUUUCGUGCCUGUCACAUACCAGCCAAAGCGUGCUGUCGGCGCUAUCAGCUGCCCCAUCGUCUUCGACGGCCGCGUACCCGUCGGCACCGCCGCCACGUUUUUUGACACCUCGAGCACGCUUUUCAACGCCGACUAUGUCAAGGGCGCCAACCUGAAAUGGUCUCAGAUGCUACAGUUUCCGAAUGUAUCCGGGUUUCGCUUUGAUGGAAACGAGUACGAGGCUAUCGAAGUCACGUUAAGAGUGGGAUUGCAGUUCGCGUCCGACUCAUCGACGGGGCCGGGCACGAGUGACGUCAAGACAUUGCAUUUGAGCGUCAAGCAGGAUGCAGAGAGGCCGUUGAAUUUGACGCAUGACUAUCUGAAUGUCUGGCACGAAACAGCCGACUACUCAGCCGAUCAUUUCAUGCUCGAAACCGACACUAUCAUCGGAAGCUCUGGCAGCGACAAGGCGAGCUGGAAGAUCUUGAACCGGAGCAAUCAGAUUCUCUGUACAGUUAAAGUCUACAAUUCCGCCGGCACCGCCGCUCUCACUGCUGCCACGGGUGCGCUUUCGGCUAAUAUCUCCGGGAACUGGCAAUUCCAGAUCGGGCUAUUGAAGAAACCCACCGGGACUAGCGAUGUUGUUGAUAGUGGGUAUCAAGAGAGUAACUUGAACGAAGGACAUAGUUACGGUAGGCUCUUUGUGGAGGAUAGUGCCCAUGGCUGUGUAACAACGUAA